UCCCUUUCCUCCCAAGCUGGAGACAGGAGACCCUUUCCUGUAGACAGAGGUCCAGGUUUGAAGGAAAAGACCCUGAUUCUACUUGAUGUGAGCACCAAGAACCCAGUCAGGACAGUCAAUGAGAACUUCCUCUCUCUGCAGCUGGAUCCGUCCAUCAUUCAUGAUGGCUGGCUCGAUUUCUUAAGCUCCAAGCGCCUGGUGACCCUGGCUCGGGGGCUUUCGCCCGCCUUUCUGCGCUUCGGAGGCAAGAGGACAGACUUCCUGCAGUUCCAGAACCUGAGGAACCCGGCGAAAAGCCGCGGGGGUCCCGGCCCGGAUUACUAUCUCAAAAACUAUGAGGAUGACAUUGUUCGAAGUGAUGUUGCCUUGGAUAAACAGAAGGGCUGCAAGAUUGCUCAGCACCCUGAUGUUAUGCUGGAGCUCCAGAGGGAGAAGGCAGCUCAGAUGCAUCUUGUUCUUCUAAAGGAGCAAUUCUCUAAUACUUACAGUAAUCUCAUAUUAACAGCCAGGUCUCUAGACAAACUUUAUAACUUUGCUGAUUGUUCUGGACUCCACCUGAUAUUUGCUCUAAAUGCACUUCGUCGUAAUCCAAAUAACUCCUGGAACAGUUCUAGUGCCCUGAGUCUGUUGAAGUACAGUGCCAGCAAAAAGUACAACAUAUCUUGGGAACUGGGUAAUGAGCCAAAUAAUUAUCGAACCAUGCAUGGCCGGGCAGUAAAUGGCAGCCAGUUGGGAAAGGAUUACAUCCAGCUGAAGAGCCUGUUGCAGCCCAUCCGGAUUUACUCCAGAGCCAGCUUGUAUGGCCCUAACAUUGGGCGGCCCAGGAAGAACGUCAUCGCCCUCCUAGAUGGAUUCAUGAAGGUGGCAGGAAGCACAGUGGAUGCAGUUACCUGGCAACAUUGCUACAUUGAUGGACGGGUGGUCAAGGUGAUGGACUUCCUGAAAACUCGCCUGUUAGACACACUCUCUGACCAGAUUAGGAAAAUUCAGAAAGUGGUUAAUACAUACACCCCAGGAAAGAAGAUUUGGCUUGAAGGUGUGGUGACCACCUCAGCUGGAGGCACAAACAAUCUAUCAGAUUCCUAUGCUGCAGGAUUCUUAUGGUUGAACACGUUAGGAAUGCUGGCCAAUCAGGGCAUUGACGUUGUGAUACGACACUCAUUUUUUGACCAUGGAUACAAUCACCUUGUGGACCAGAAUUUCAACCCAUUACCAGACUACUGGCUCUCCCUCCUUUACAAACGCCUGAUUGGCCCCAAGGUCUUGGCUGUGCAUGUGGCAGGGCUCCAACGGAAGCCACGGCCAGGCCGAGUGAUCCGGGACAAACUAAGGAUUUAUGCUCACUGCACAAACCACCACAACCACAACUAUGUUCGAGGGUCCAUUACACUUUUCAUCAUCAACCUGCACCGAUCAAGAAAGAAAAUCAAACUGGCCGGGACUCUCAGGGACAAGCUCGUGCACCAGUAUCUACUGCAGCCCUAUGGACAGGAGGGCUUGAAGUCCAAGUCAGUGCAGCUGAAUGGCCAGCCCUUGGUGAUGGUGGACGACGGGACCCUCCCAGAGCUGAAGCCCCGCCCCCUGCGGGCCGGCCGGACACUGGUCAUCCCUCCGGUUACCAUGGGCUUUUAUGUGGUCAAGAACGUCAAUGCUCUGGCCUGCCGCUACCGAUGAACCGCCCUCACACUCACAAGUCACCAGCAGGCCUGCUGGACUGCUUUCCACUCGCCCGCCCUAAUAGUGUCCUUAUUUUUCAGACAUCUUCUUAGCAACAAACCAGUCUCUGCUGCCCAGUCCUGCUGGAAUCAGCACAGACUUGCUCUCCAAAGAGACAAAUGUCAUAGCAUGAGCUUAGCCUAGGUAGGCCACAUCCGCCCCGAAGGAAAAUAUAGACAUCCCCAGUACCUGUGUAAGGAUGAAGGCAUGUGUGUAGAGCUGUAUGUACCCACGUACACGUACCAUGAAAACAGGCUGACGACACGCUCCCAGGACAGAGGAAACAACUCUCCAUGAUCCUGGUCACAUAGCAAUAGAACUAUGGCCCUGAGCCUGUGACUGCUGCCCGCAGCAGAGGAUGAGGAAAGAACCAACCAGGUGGGCCGGCAAGAGCCCAGUCCUCUCCCACCUCCUUCCUUGGCCUGUUCCUUCUGCUGCCCUGGGUUUCCUACACCUCUCUUCCCACGGGGGAGCAAGUGGGUGGGUAGGCGCCGGCCUGCUGGGUGAGCUGUUUAUGUCAUUUCUUGGCUGAUGUAUGAGUGUGUGCAUCUGGGCUUCUGACAGUGGCAUCCAUCACUGGCCAUUCCUCUGGGAAACGGGUGCUUCAAAAGUAAAAUUGCAAUCAUACUCCAGAUUUUGUACAAGGGUUCUACUCCUCUGUGAAUCCAGAUUCCCCCUCGGGUUGGAAUGGGAGUCAGGUAACAAUAUUCAUGGAGUGGAGAACAAUGUAUUAGGCACCACAAAAAGCAAUCAUCAUCCGUCAUGUGUCUGGGAGGGAGAGAGUUUUAGUAUGAAGAGAAAGCACGCCGAACCACCAAACACAGAUGCACAUGCACAUGCAAGCACACCCCCACAGAACAGGCAAAUAAUUGGAUCUGUAUCAAAUCUGAGGCAAUCUUAAGGACUUGUAGGCCAAGCCCUUCCUGGUUUGUUUGGCCAAUACCAUAAAAAACUGUAUAAAUCUAAAUUUGUCCCUGUAAGACACAAUUGAAUCUAACCUUUCUGCCUCUUCCUAAGUAGCUGUGUGCCUCUCAGUGGCAUUUACAAGGCAGAAAUCUAAUCUGGUCAUGAAAGAUGACCAGGUCUGUGCUAUCCCGGACCAGCCAGUGUGAACACAGAACAAAGCUCUGGGCUCACCCCCUGGGGGAAGGGGCAGUCUGGAGGUGGAGGUCUGACGGGGAACUGUGAGGUGGUGGGUGUGAAGCCCCAGAGUUGGGUAGGGGGAAGCAGACUGAUUUAAAGCUCAUGACAAAGACCUUCUAUAUGAUUCAAGGGGCAAGAUUCAAAUAAGCUGCCAGGGAAAUGGCUGUCUUUUCUGUGGGUUUGAUUUUCUUCCUCAGGAUAAAGGACAUGAAUGGCACUUUUUCAAAGGAGGAGAUAUUUGACAAUAUCAGAGGGUUCCAAUUAAGAGAGCAUUCCCGUUUCUGCUGUUGAGAGAGGGUAGGAAAGGAGGGGCAGGGAUGCCCAAGAUGCCCAAAAGGACAGGGCCAGGUCUGGGGUGAGACACGGGGGGAAGGUUACACAGGGGAGAUUACACAAGUCCCGGAGACUCAGCUGGGAGAACCAGGAAGGCAACGGGCUCAGUCUAUGAACCAGGCAGAGAGUGGACUUGCUUUUAACAUGUUUGUCAGCAGGUGCGGGAGGAGGAGCACACAGGAGGUGUGUGCAGCACAGGAGGCUGGGCUGGACCUGGUCAGUGGGGGUGCUCAGCUGGGAAGCGAUGGAGACCCAGGGGCCUCCUCUUCUGGGGAAGCAGGCACCUCCUGCCGAAGCCUCAGCUCUGUGAGGGGAGGAGAGAGAUGUGCCACGACCGGGAUAGAGAGCCGGGAAAGCAGAGGCAGAGGACAGCCCAAAUGAGGAAGAGAGAGGAGAAGAGACACACAGAUUGUUUCCCCAAGCUUUAAGAAAUGUGUGCAGAUAUCAAAAUCUCUCUUAUGUGCCAUGCAGGCAUAGCUGCAGCCCCUGAUGAUGACAGGAGCGACUGUCCCUGCAGGCCUGGCCCUGGCUAGUUUGCUUUGCGAACAUAGUAGCCCCCUGAAGGAGUCACUGGCUUCACCCCCACCUUCCUGUGGGGCGCAAAGAAGUUCCUAGGCUGCCGAGGGCCACCCAGGGGAGUGGGUUGCUGAGCUCAGAAUAAUCCAGAGCCUGCUCACUUAACCAGCACACGCAGUGGUCACCCGCCUCACAGCCUCAGCCCCUGCCCUUUCCACAGGCCCUGCUAAUUCACUGCCACUAGCCCUCCAGAGCUCUGGGCAAGCACACUUUGUGUAAAUAGUGCUGGUUCUUCACCCAGCGUCUAAGCGUGCAAAACACAGGCAGCGUCUGCUUCUUUUAUCUUUCUCUGUGUAUUAAGUUUUGGGGGGGGGUUCUUUUUUUUAAUUAAUAAAGUAUCUUUGGGGUCCUGCAACUCUAA